AAUACAGCCCCCAUACUCCCUAUCUAUUGACCAAGUCGACAAUGGACGCGCCGAUCGAUGAGAACACCAAGCGCACGGUGCAGAAGAUUCCGCUGCUGACGACGCGUGCCGGUCCGCGUGAUGGCGAGUCCUGGACCAAGCGUCUCAAGGAGGAGUAUCUGGCGCUAAUUCAGUACGUCAAGAUGAACAAGGAGGCGGACAACGACUGGUUCACCAUCGAGAGUAACAAGUCUGGAACACGCUGGACAGGCAAAUGCUGGUCUUUUUACAACGGACUACGCUACGAAUUCGACCUCGAAUUUGAGAUCCCAGCCACGUACCCGGUGGCCAACCCGGAAUUAUGCAUCCCCGAGCUGGAGAGCAAGACUUCCAAGAUGUACCGAGGUGGCAAAAUCUGCCUCACUAUCCACUUCGCGCCGCUGUGGCAGAAGAAUGUGCCGCGCUUCGGCGUCGCCCACGCACUUGCACUCGGACUGGCUCCGUGGCUCGCUGCUGAGGUGCCAGACCUUGUCGAGCGUGGUGUCAUCACUCCCGUCUAAGCUGUGAGAGGUAGUUGCUACAAGGAAGUGUUGAAGGAUCGACGCAGUAGAGUUUAUACAUCUUCCAUUGGAUUUGUUACUCUGAUGUGUUUGCUGCUGUAGUCGUGCGAUGGCACGUAAAUAAUGCAUUUUACGCGGACGGCAGCUAUCCGUCGACCCGCUGCAAAGCUCGCUACUUUUACGAGCCGGCGCUGUUUAGAU